CUCAGAACAAUACUUCCAAGGACACCUUCUAAAGAGUGGCACUACUCCUUAUGCGGUGUUGCUGAAAGAAGACACUCUCAAAAUCUUAAUUGCUGACCUGAGGUGGAGGAGACCCCUGGUCUGAAGGAAGAGAAGGAACUCUCCCAACCCAAAGAGGGGGAGGCCACAGACCUGAAGAAAGAGGUGGAGAAAAUCUCCUCAUCCGAGGAAGAGGAGACAGUGAAACUGAAGGAAGAGGUGGAGAAAAUCCCCCCACCUGAGGAGGAGACUAUGGACCUGAAGGAAGAGAAGGAAGAGAUCCCCCCACCUGAGGUGAGGGAGGCCACUGGCCUGAAGAAAAAGCGGGAAGAAAUCCUCCCUCCAGAGGACGGGGAGGCCGCAGCCUUGUCCUCUGUGCCUAAGGAACAGUUAGAGACGUUUGCAUCUGUGGAAGAACCGACAAGCCUGCUUCUCUCUCAAUCUGCGUUCCCCCUACAAACUGCUAUCCCCCCUCAUUCUGUGUUCCCCCCUUCAGAGGCAUUUCCCCCUCAGGCCUCUGUCCCCCGUCACUCUGUGUUCCCCCCUCCGGAGGCAUUUCCCUCUCAGGCCUCUGUCCCCCUUCACUCUGUGUUCCCCCCUCCGGAGGCAUUUCCACCUCAGGCUGCUGUCCCCCCUCACUCUGUGUUCCCCCCUCCAGAGGCAUUUCCCCCUCAGGCCUCUGUCCCCCCCUACUCUGUGUUCCCCCCUCCAGAGGCAUUUCCCCCUCAGGCCUCUGUCCCCCCUCACUCUGUGUUCCCCCCUCCAGAGGCAUUUCCCCCUCAGGCUGCUGUGCCCCCUCACUCCGUGUUCCCCCCUCCAGAGGCAUUUCCCCCUCAGGCUGCUGUCCCCCCUCAUUCUAUGUUCCCCCCUCCAACGGCACUCACUCAUUCCAUGUUUCCUUCUGCCCAUGGGUUUCCCCCUCACUGUUUCUCCAACAGGGUUCUCCCUCUGAUGUGAAUUUCCUUAAUUUGUGCCACCUUCCCCACUGUUUUCCUUUAAGAAGAUAUUUAUUCUCAUGUACUCUCUUGUGCUUUGCCUCCAUGUUGCAUUUAAUAACUUAGGGUAAAAGGAACAUUAAACUUAAGUAGAACUAUAUGUUCUACAGUGAAAUAUUGUGUAUUUAUUAAGCUUUCUAAAUGAGUAAUAAAGUAGAGGUCUUUACUGC